AUGGUAUCAAACGUAUUGUUGAUAUUCGCUGUAAAGAAACGAACCACGAGUACAGUACGGUGCUACGGUAAUAUGGUACUUUCCAGCUCUAUUAUGGACAUAAUCUACAUUUGUGCCGUUGUUUCUUGUCAUCACGUAAGUACUGUAGAAUUUUUAUAUUAGUUUCAAGUUAAUAAGUAAUAUUGUCAUGCUUAUGCAAUUUAUAUAUUUGGUCAAAAUAUAUAUAUUACUUGACUUUUCAGCAAAUCCAAGUGCACGGUCAUGUGUUUAUCAUAAUGUCAUAUGGAUUAGAAUACUUCCUUCUACCGUGGUGGUGGCCUCAGAAUCUUUUAUCCGGAAUGGAGUAUUUUGUUGUUGUUUGGGCGGUCUUAAUACUACCGGCUCAGUUUUACUAUAGGUAUUAUCUGCUAACUACAGUAGAGUAAGUUUUUGUCAAGAUGCUGUAAAUAACAAAACAUUUCUAACUCAUGAAGUUUUAAUUUAAAGAAGUAAUUAAACAUUCAUGUAUAUACUGUAAUUUUUAAUAUUGUAAAGCAUUUUAUAUUAAUUUCAAAUUGUUUAGUCACGACCGACAAAAAGACUGGAAAUUAUUCAACCUUGUAGCCAUAUCAUUCGUUCUGACAUGGCCAACAUACAUUCUUACCAUUGCUUGUCAUAAACAGACAAAAGGUAGAGGUUUAGAAGAAUAUCAAAAGCUUCUAGACCCGGUUUUCUUUGAUUCUCAUGGCAAUACUCAUAUGACUGCGGCUAUCGAUUUUGUAAGUUUUCAAAAUACGGCUUUUAUUUGUAUUCUCAAAAGAAAUUAUAAAAAUUAUUUAGUAAAACCCUCAAGUAUAGGUUUAGAAUCAUAGAUAACACAGAUGACGUUUUGGAAAGGUUAUAAAAGAUAAAUUUCAGAAAGAUUGGGAAGCGAUAGUAGGUUUCUUUUACUCUGGUGCUAUGAUGUCUGGAGCCUAUUUUGUAGCACUGUACUACGGCUACAUGUCAUUCAAGAAAAUCGUACCAGAAGGUGGCGUGGUAACACAAAAAGUUCAAAAAUUACGUGUUCAAUUUAUGAGAAAUUUAAUUGCACAAGUAAGUUGACACAGUAAUUAGAAACUGGGCAUUGUAAUUACAAUAUAUGACAACAUUUUGUUGACAGAGCAAAGAAUACUAUAGUGUUGAAACAAAGAGUAAGGUAGAUUUGUUCGGUUGAACAUAUCAUUGUUGAUUACCAACGUUACAACAAUAAUAACAAAUCUUACAGACCAUCAACAGCUACAUCUUUGCCGUGUUUCCUAUGUUGAUAAUAGUAGCAUGUGUAUUCAUUGGCACAAACACAAAGCAUUACGGUAUUGGCAUAAUGUUAGUUAGUGCUUGGUGCCCUUUUAUGAAUGCUGCUUUGUCCAUUAUUAUUAUACGACCUUACCGAGAAUUCGUUUUUGGUCGAUUAAUGAAAAAGGGAGAAGAAACGACCAUAGACAAGAAGACUAGCAUGAGCAAAGUAGGCAGUACGAGCAAGAAGUCUUACAUAUAAUACAUUUAGUAGCCUCUAUAAUAGAAUAUUUAUAAAAAUGUAAAAUGCACAGUCUAAAAAGUAUAUUAUAUGUUACGUUAAAUCUUAUUUUUUACUUAUGUGUUUUCUCCUAACUUAUACUACAUACUCAAAUGUGUUUUUACCUAUUUUCCAACGCAAUUAACCUUACCUCACCAGUAACUCCCUAAUGUUACAAUUCAUCCGACUCUCAUUCACAAGUUACUACGACGUUUAUCAUGUAUAUAUUCCCUUCGAAUAAACAAAACUUUGGCUAUGAUUCAGAUUCGUACGAUUCAAAAGUAACGGUAUAAUACAUAACUACCGCGACAUUCAGACAAAACAAAAGAAAUGGCAAAUGCGACAAAAAUACGAAAACGUUGUAAUAUAAAUGAAACCAUAGCCUGGUGGUGGGCAUACCAUUCGCAACAUGCGGCUACACUGUCUACUGAUUGUUUUGUUGUUUGUUGUGGUAGAGGGUGAAGAUCGCCACGAAGAUGUAGUGAUAAAGGGUGGUGAUCACGAAGAUAUAAAUGGUUUCUUUCAGAAGAUGAAGAGUUUGAUUAGACAAAUUAGGUAAGAUGUGAAUACUUAACAUCAAGAAAUUUUUAAGGGUAUCUAAAUUAUUUGUACAUAGUAACAUUGUCCGACAAUACUCAUGACAAUGUUGAUACAUACGAAACUUUCAGAAAGGUCAAGAUUACCAAAGUACGGACGAAGGAAAAUAGCAAAACCCAUACAGUCGCUCCUUUUCUUGACUAUGACGUCUCAGAAAAAGCUCCAGCCCAUAAACGACAAGUCAAAGUCCACACCCAAAACCAAGAAAAGACCAACCGCAAAAACAAGCCUUCCCUAUUAGACAAUAACACCAUUCAGAAGCCGCAAGCAGUAUCAGACAAUCGACAAAUUCCUAUCCCUGGUACUGGCUACCCUCAACCACCGUAUCUGCCAUCUACUGGAGGAUUCAACAUCUUUGGCUAUCCAAUUAUCAUACCAAUACCGUCAUGGAUGCCGUCCUGGCCAUUUGGUCCAAGUUAUCCAUCACCACCACAACCUAUUCCAGGCUAUGUCACUCCACCUUAUCCUAUACCUCCAACAGGUCCUGCUGAUAACACCACUACUACUAUCGAGACUACUACGGUAAACGCUUUUAACCUAAAGUAAUGGUUCUAGACCUUAUCAGUUUUAUGAUCACUAUUUCGUAAAAUUAUGCCAUGAACUUCUUAAUAACGCUAAAAUAUUGUAAAAUAAUUCUUGUAGACAACUGAAACAACCACUGAGACCACAACUACAGAAGAUACAACCACUACAGAACAUACUACAACAUCUGAAGACAUUACUACGACCGAAACUACUACAAAAACAACCACGUCUUCUAACACGACAACCACUGAGACUCCUGAAACUACCCCAGGUGCUAACACGACCGUACCAGGCUAUGUUACACCCUACCCAAUACCUACUACUACUACAUGUCAUUCUCCAACCUACCCACCAUGGCCACCAGGUCCUGACACUACAACUGAUGUACCUACUGAAACUACUACGAAUGUCACUACUGUAACUACACCAGGCGCGUACAUCAUUCCUAACAGUACCAUUACAGCAGAACCCAUUACUUCCACACGUAAGUUAUUACAUUAAAAUAUGGUCAUCAACUAUACCUUUUUUUAUGUUUUAUCCAGCCAUUUAAUUUUAUUAUUAAUCGUUAUUCCUUUUCUCAAUUUCAGAACCAAGUGCAUCAUCGGCUGUUACAAUCGUAUCUUUAUUGAAUUGCAUUGCUUUGUGUUUGCUCGUAAAAUCAUCCUGA